GUUUAUAAAUGUGAUGCGAUUUGAUGUUUUUAAUAUUCGGUCACCCCAAGUGCCUGGUCUUCCGGUAGCGAGAAGCCGAUACAGUAUUUACUUUAGCUAGAUAUGAAAUUUAUUUGAAAGACAUCGCACCUCGCCCCGCCAAAUUCCUCCAUUUACAUCUUAUACCUACAACUCAAGCCUUUUGAAGUCAGUUUACAAUACCUACGAUAUGGCAGAUUCUAAGAAACCACAGGCUGCUAAGCCUGUUUCUAUUGUAUGUGUAGGAAUGGCCGGUGAGUUUCUCCAAAAUUUUAUUUGAUGAAUGCGACCAUGAAUUGACCUUCGACAGGUUCUGGCAAAACUACCUUUAUGCAACGAAUAAACUCCCAUUUACAUGGCAAAAGAGCCCCAUAUGUUCUCAAUCUCGAUCCCGCUGUACGAAACGUACCAUUCGAAAGUAACAUCGAUAUCCGCGACUCAGUCAACUAUCAAGAAGUGAUGAAAAGUUACAACCUCGGACCAAACGGAGGAAUUCUCACAUCACUAAAUCUCUUCGCCACAAAAAUCGACCAGAUAUUAACUGUACUCGAAAAGCGCACUACUCCCGAUCCUGAGAAGCCAAAUGCGACUCCUAUCAAACAUAUUUUGGUCGAUACGCCUGGUCAAAUUGAGGUUUUCGUUUGGAGUGCUUCAGGAAGCAUUUUAUUGGAUUCUUUGGCCUCAACUUUUCCUACAGUUAUCGCAUAUAUCAUUGAUACACCAAGAACAUCUUCUACUAGUACUUUUAUGAGUAACAUGCUGUAUGCUUGCAGUAUUUUAUAUAAGACAAAAUUACCAAUGAUUUUGGUAUUCAACAAGACGGAUGUUAAGGACGCCGAAUUCGCCAAGGAAUGGAUGACGGAUUUUGAAUCUUUCCAGGCUGCUCUUAGAGAAGAGGAGGAUGCAGGAAGUUUUGGUGGUCUAGAAGGAGGUGCUGGUGGAUUAGGUGGUGGUAGCGGGUAUAUGGGAUCAUUACUCAAUAGCAUGAGUUUGAUGUUAGAAGAGUUUUACAGCCAUUUGAGUGUGGUGGGUGUCAGUUCCAUGACUGGUGCCGGUAUCGAUGAGUUUUUUGAGGCUGUGUCAGAAAAGGCCGAGGAGUUCGAAAGAGAUUAUAAGCCAGAAUUGGAACGACGAAGAAAGCAGAGAGAUGCAGAGAAAGAAGAAAUUCGGGAAAAGGAGCUGGGCAAAUUGAUGAAGGAUAUUUCGGUUUCGGGAGAACCUUCAUCUAAGGCUAAGGGUCCGCCAAACGCCAAACUCUCUACCGAUUUGGAUACGCUAAGUGAUAUGGAAGACUCUGAUGAUGACAUAGGAGCCGGUGGAGAUGAUGAUGAGGAUGGUGGAGAUAAUGUUGAAGGGUUAAGUUCAAGGUACAAGGCAGCAUUGGCAGAUGGAGGCGGCCCCUCUAAUGCGGAUGAUCACAGCUUUACUCGAUAUAUCAGGGCAAGUCAGAUGAAGAACAUGCAAUAAAAAUGUAACAAGGGCCAAAUUUGGGAUAUGGACAAAGGAGUUUUAGGCCUAGGGGGUAUAGCAUUAGUGG